GUAACUUCAGGCCGCGACAUCGGUGACCUGUUUGACUUGUACCUUGCUUCGCUGUCAGCUGUCAGUCCUGUCCCUUAUCCUAAGAAACAUCAACUUCCUUGCAACUCUCUUCCUUACCGACUGUGCCCUCGCCUGCUCUUUUAAAUCCUCUUGAUGACUGCACCAUGAGACCAGGAAUCGGCCUUGAUAACAAUACCGCAGAGCCACCACGCCCUCGCAAGUCGUCCAAUGCCGAUUCUCAUCCGCCCUCAAUAGCCAGUGAUCGCGACCGCCAUAGCAAUCCUGCUACUACUUUCUUCCUCUCACGAGAUCCUGAUGCCUCUGUUAAACCGCACCAGCCCGAUCGGAGUGUCGGGGCGCCGUCGUCGACAUCUCCCUUGAGCAGCCUGCAGGAUACCAUUGAAGAAGCCGACCACGAUCGGUCAUCAGUCAAGCACACCACUGCCAGACAAGCAGAAGGAGCUGGUCCAACAAGGAGUGGGAGUCGACGCCGCUCAACUAUCAAACCCGGGACGAACUGUGAACGCUUCCGACGGGGCUCGUCCACCGCGAACCCCGAGACCAAUGCUAGCCCUCCUCAUCCCCUUCCCGAGAGAGUUGUCACUCCGUCGCCGUUACCUUCACGAGACAUUUCUCUACCCGGCAGCCCGAAAUCUCUCGCCUCACGGAGAUCGGUACAGACCAAAUCGUCCGCCAAUUCCGACGAUGAGUUAUUGACUAAUGCGGAUGAGACUGGCAGUCAGGCAAUACUAUCUAGUGGUGAAGAAGACGAGAAUGAGACCGGAACUGGACGAGGCAGUGGUGUUGAAAUGUUGUCUUCAACUGGAGGAGUACAGGACAGCCAGCCGGAACUUAUCAUGCCAAGCAUCAAGAUGCCGUCCAGACGACCUUUUACAGAACGGGGAAAGAAAUUAGGGAGAUUCAAGGUUAUGGUUGCUGGUCGGAAAGGCGUGGGGAAGACCUCUCUCAUAAAAUCUAUCGUCCAACUCUGCGAAGACAUUGUCCAUGUCGAUCCAAUUAUACCCACGAACUCGUCUCACACUUCGCACCGAACUUCUAACAGUACCUCGGAGGCAAUUAACGAAGUUUAUGCCUCGACAAAACCGUAUCCGGAAUGGUGGUCCACAAUCGAGGAGUCUCGCAUCCUGCGCCGGCGCAAAUCAAUGGGAGACUCUGUGCUUGAACGGAAUGUCUGCUUUGUGGAUACCGCUGAUUCAGUGAAACUGGAGAGGCUUGUUCACUAUGCAGAGCAACAACUCGUGAACGCCAUGGUGAGUGUUGAUCAACUCACGAGCGAGUUCUCGGGGUUGUUGAGUGGGCGAGGUGCGAGCCAGGUCGACGUGGUGUUGUAUUUGAUUUCGAAAGAUACCAUGCAAGACGACUGCGAGUGUAUUCGCCAGUUGUCUGAAUUAUGCAACAUCAUUCCUCUCAUUGCAAAGUCGGAUCUCCUCACCUUCGAAGAUCAGCAAUAUAUCAAACAGACUCUGGACUCUAGCAUGUCCAGCUUACCUCGACUCCCGACCUCGCUACCUUCGGCAGCUGAAUCAGUCACAUCUACCAUCAAGACCACCCAACCCGCAGCGACACAGCCAGCAACAGCACCCUACACCGUAACCUCAACAAAGGGUCCCGACCUCGACACCAUGGACGCCUCUCUCCUCAUGUCCCCCGAAUAUAUCCAACCGCUCCUGCCCUCCGAGCUCAGUUUGCUCGUAGAAUCAAUAUUCGAGCCUGAGACGGUCGCUUACCUACGCCAUACCGCUGCGAGGAAACUUGUGACUUGGCACUUAGCACAUCCACGAUUAACCUCUGUACCAUCGCCUUCUCUCCCUUCGCAUUCGUACAACACCUCACUGCGGAAUUCAACGCUCACCUCUCCGUUACAAACACCACUAAGCACUUCCAACUCUGGGGUUUUGAUCCCCGUGGGUUCAGAAGUCUCACUUAACACAUCGAACUCUUGGGCACUGGCCAAAGUCGCAGACCACACGCAACGUGAGGAAAGGCUGGCGCAGAUACGGCUGAGCAAGUGGGCGAGUGAAUUGCAGCUGAGCUUGCAGAGGGAGAGGGAGCGGUAUGAGCGGCUUGCACGGGGGGAGAGAGCUGUCUGGCUUGUGGAGAGAAUGGGGGAGGAAGUCCGCGACGGCACAAUCGUGCCUCUACAGCAGGGAGACAACGCGCAGGCCCUUGUAAGAAAGAGCGACAAAGCCGGCAUGGCAUAUGGUAUCGAUGUCUUGCCCAGCUAUCAAAUGCAGGAUCCGCUGGGACUUUUAAGAUGGCAGGACAGCAUGCGCGCGAGGGGAUGGAUUGCACUGCAAAUUGUGGGCAGUUUCGGCGUUGUAGGUGGAUUAGCAUUCUGGUUGGCGAAGCAUUUCGGGGCGACGGGGAGUGUUAACGAAUGGUGGACGCAAGGCUGGCAUUACUUUGGUUGGCAUGAUUGAUGGAUGAUGAUAAUAAUGAUGAUGUCGGCGAGGGCCGCCAGAUGCAUAUGUUCGAAAGCGACAAGCCAAUAUCAAUGCUGCCGCCGAUCAAUGGGAUUAUAGAGGACCACCUGGGUUUGCAAAGUGCAAAUGCAAGAGCCCCCCUUUGUUCCAUGGGUGGGCUUCUCGACCCGUUCGAGCGUUUUGGCCUGUUGCAGAAUGAGUUCGUUUCCUGCGCGCCCUUCUCUCGCGCUGGAGUCCGACGAUGCUAUUACUGGUUUCGUGUUGCCUGACAAGAAAAUAGCACGCAACAGGCACCAGCUCGAUUAUUAUUUGAUUGUGGCUUGCUUCCC